AUGCAUCUAUUGACGGCCAGCCUCAGCCGGGGUGGCUGGCGUCGACACGCGUGGACAGUCCUCGGCGUCAUGACUGUCGCCCUCGUCUUCACGACCCUGAUCGACCUCAGCUCCGUGGUGCCUUGGCGGCGACAGCCCCCGAAUCUCCAGCAAUUCCCUGCCGCUCCGCUCGCCAGCGCCUGCGACAGCCUCGCGAACCUCGACCCGACCUCUCUCCGCGCCGCCGACGCUCCGAUCCCUAACCUCGUGCACUACAUCUGGCUGCUUGCCAAUCCCCCAGUCUUCUCGCUCAGCUUCAAGGUCUUCGUCAGCGUCUACUCUGCCCACCUACCUCUGGGAGCGCGCAAAGACCUCUGCGACCUCUGGACCAAGCGCGUGCUCAACCUCCCCGGCGUGAUGCCAAACUUCAUCGACAACCCGCGCUUGACGACGCAGGGCGUCGACAUCGACACCUUCGGCGCCAAAUCCGACUUCAUCCGCGCCGACGCCCUGCGCACCUACGGCGGCAUCUACCUCGACGUAGACGCCAUCCCGCUCCGCGACAUCGCGCCGUUGCGCAACGCGGGCUUCGCCAACGUGGUGGGCCGCGCCGUGGCCAUGCGGACAAAAUACACGGGCUUCGUCAACACGGGCGUGUGGUUGUCGCGGCCGCACUCGAACCUGGCCGAGAUUUUCUUCACCGCCAUGGACGCCUUCUACAACGGCGUGUGGGCCAUCUCGGUCGACAUUCUGACAGAUCUGGCCUUCCGACUGCACGCGGUGCCCGGCGAGGUGCUCAUCGUGCACCCGCGCGCGUUCGCGCCGGCGUCAUGGGAGCUCGAGGACCAGGUGCGGCUGUUCCAGCCGCACAUCGAGACAAAACGGACGAGCAGCGCGGCGGUGCUGGACCGGCAUGAGGGCGCGGCGGCGGCGAUGCUUCCCAGCGAGCUGAGAAACACGUGCCAGGACGCGCUGGCGUGGCUGGCCGAGCGCGAGAAGAAGGGCCGCGUCGAGAGCUGGGAGAUAGACUUCUCGGCCACGUACGUGCUGCAUGCAUUUGACGACUACGCCGACCAGAUCCAAGGCUGGGACGGCAACAUCACGCUCCAGUACGUCCUGGCCCGGCAGAGCAACUAUGCGAGGGCCGUGUUUCCGGCGGUUUCGCAUGCCGUCCAGGCGGGCAUCAUCUCGAAGGAAGAAGCGCUUUGA